AUGAGCUCGCCUUCGAUGUCAGUCAAGAGUAUCGUCGCUCGGCUGCUCGCUGGGUUCAGCCUCCAAAUGGAUGUCUCGUCAACUGUGGCUACCUGGCUCUCUCUUGCCGUUACGGUGGUAGGGCUGGGCUCCAUUGUCACUCAAUUCGGGACGAUCAUCGAUCAGACUGACCCCUUCCACACCCUGCGAGACGUACAACACCUGGGCCGCUGGCGGUUCUGGCAGCCACAUGUACCAUGGUAUAGAGUCGUGAAGCCCCCUCUUGUCGGGCCUGUAAUCAACGCCAAUUUGCCAUGCGGGCUCUGUGGCAGAAAGACCGUUCAUGUCAGUCGGCGGCCACUCGCGCAGCCAACAGGUAAGGCUGCAUGGUCUAUCCUGCUCAACGUCAUUCAUCCACCUUCUACCACCCUGGAACAGCCCUCCCAGACCGGCUCGUUAGUCUCUACCAAAAGCCCCGUCAAGACCGAGCACGUCGUGACCCUCUCGGGAGAACCGCCAGUCCAGCUGCCAACCUGGGAUAGCCUCCCUCGAGGCCCUCUCACCAAGCACAAGCUAACCGCUUGCACGGUCAUUUCUCGCGCAACCCUCAUGGCUCUAUUUACCGUAACCAAUGCUCGACCAUGGCCCAUUGGUGACGCCGCACACGUCCACUUCGCGGCCCACGAUUCGCACACUCUAAACAAAGACGUCUACCCCCCGACCUUUGAAGUCCGUGUCGACCGCUGUCUGCGCAUGCUAGCCGGUGUCAUCGAAAGCCCCGCGUCCUCUCCACCAUUCAAAUGCGCCUUCCCCGGCCGCAAAGCAUCGGGCAGGUGGGUUCUCGAACACAUCGUGCGAGGCUUUGGCGGCGCCCACGGCAGCAGACACCUCUACAACAUGAUUGGAGGCAACGUCAAUGAAGUCGAUCUCCUAUUGAUGAAGCCCGUCACUGAGGACACUAAUGACUACGACAUACCAGAGCUACAAUCCAAUUCCACCACUCUCUCCCUCCCCAGCACCGAAUCCAACCCCCGCCACCAAUCCACUACCACCACUACCACCCACUCCGUAACUCUACACAUCCCACCCCACGAAGCCACCAUCCUCAACACCUGCCUCGACUACCUCCCAUGGUCCUCCCUCUCAUGGUCCAUCCACCGCGGCCCCCGCGAUAUCCUCCUCGCCUUCGCCAAACCUCGCAUGAAUCAUUACCGCGCCCAACUCGCCCAUACCCUCCGCACCACCGUCUCCACGCACGCAGAUUAUCUCAUCGCCCGCGGCUGGGACGCCCAGUUCGUCCACAAUGGCAGCAUGGCCGAUCUAGCCGCGGGUGCCGUGCUAGCCGGGAGCGGCAAUUCCGGGGACGCAGUGCGUAUUGUAACGGAUAUAGCGGCAGUGUGGUAUGAGGGGCGGAAAAGAAGGACUGGUGAUGGGUUAGAUAGUAUAGUAUCAUUCGAUGAGACCAUGUUUUGGAGAGUUCCUCACCAGCCGGGGGAAGAAGUAGGUGGAGAGAGGGGAGAGUUAAGUUCCAUGGCUGUUGUGGCGCUAGUCAAGUUCUUUGUUUUGGAAUGGAGUGUGGAGUUGGAUUAUCAGAUGUAUCAUGAUUUGCCGUUGGAGUUGUAUUUGGGAUGAUACCUUAUACAUAUCUCCUUUUUCUUUUCCUUGUUGAAUCUUUCUAGAGGGGUUUGCGGUUAUUGAUAUCGUGGUGGUGAUUUAU